GGCGCACGCAAACUCCUCCAUGAGAUCGGCUCGAAGAGUCUCACCACAGCAUAUGAUCUCACGUUGCGAACGAUCUGCGAUGGCAUUGAAGAUCGACAUCCGGGGACGUGCUUGACCGUCCAGCUACCGCGGAUCAGCUCGUUCCAGCCAGCUGGUUCGAGGGCGGCUCAAAGCGAUAUCGGCGAUCUUGAAGGCUAUGUUGAUUGGGCAUUCACUGGAAAUAUCCGACUGAGUACUCGAGUGAAUUUCGCGAAGUUGGUGCAUGGCGCGACUGAUUACAUUGACUCUUUUCCAGAGGUUGAGCAGCGGCGAUCUCUAGAAUGA